UCCUGUUAUUGAUUCGACAUCCACAUUGAUUGUUCCCGGAUACAACUAACUGCUAUUUACAGAAUGUUAUUCCACAGAGCCGACGUACUCAGAUAAAACCCGCUACUCCUUUUCUGUGCGCAAGCCGAGUCGUUAUACACCCAUGCGGUAGACUAAGUUGCCAUGGUCGCCAUGCCAUCGGACCUUCAAGUGUUCGUGAAAUGGAAAGAACAGACAGUCUUUGCCGGCGAAGACGUCGAAUGUACAAUCACCUUUAAAAAUGUUGCAGAGAGAGCCGAGGAAAAGUCCAUCAACUCACCACGUCAGCAACAUCAGCGCAGAGUAUCCCGUCCUCUAAACACUUUAAAUAUCAAUGAUGGCUAUUUCGCGCCUAAAUCUUCACCUACGUUCUUUUUCAAUGGGAGCCGACGUUCGGUUCCAUCGAGUCCUCGCCGGCCGACGCUUGGUUCACAUCGGGUUUCUGCAUCUUUGAGCUCUCCGUUGACGGGUUCUUAUAGCUUCCCUCCUCUUCAUUCGCCGUCACCAUUGAACAAUGGGCACUCAAAUGAACACAAACACAAACGGUCGGUGUCGAUUCUGUCGAUAGAGAGUGACAACGGUAGUUCGUUAGAGAAGUCACCAGGCCAGACACAAUCAUCCCGCCCCCGACCAUGGGGUCACGGGCGCUCUGCUAGCUUACACUUCCCCCCUAGCCGGUCGCCUGGGUUGGACGAGUUUUUGGCGAACGGUAGACACCCGGCCAAAGCCAUUCCCCCGAAAGAAUCAGCUCUAAACCCGCGACUUGAUACCGAGAGAAAGUCUCGAACCAUACCAAUUAGUCCAGGCCACUCCAGCCAACUAAGAAGCCCUCGCUCCAGACCUCCAUCUUUUCCCACCAACUUCAAAUUUCCUCCGAGCCUAGACCCUGCGACAGAGACUGACGGCAAUGCAUCUUCCAAUGGUGGGGCCCCAAGCACAAGCAAUGAUGGACCGGCAAGACAGCUAUCUAAACAACCCCCGUCUCUUACACAACAAGCACACUUGGCUCCUGCAACAAGGAUACUUUCAAAUUCUAGCGUGAAUGAGAGUAAUAGAAGCAGCGGCGAGUUCUACGCAGCGAGCAACAACUCAACGGACACACUCGAAUCUGAAUAUACAAAUUACGGUGGAAACCGAUCAAAAGCCGGCUUGGCGAAACAUCGACGGCAUUUCUCGAGUUUGGAGCCAAUUGGCAGGAAAAAUGAUGCUCUGACUCUAUUGAUGGGUUAUGCGCAGGUCAGCGCUUCGUUUACCGUUGACGGAUCGCUUAUCAAUCAAUCUGCAUUUGAGGAAGUGAAACGAAAAGGUGUUGUUGGCGGGCAAACUAGCGGUCGCAGUCAGGAGAAACCGCGGCGAAGUGGUGGCUUUCUAGGCGCAUUGGGAUGGGAUGCGAUUGAGGAGUCUAUAAGCGGUUUAUUAUCGAACGGUGAUCUUGAGGGCUUGAGAGAUAUGCGAGGAGUUGCUUCUUCAAACUCGAUCCCUUUACUGUCGACGCCGCAGUCCCUUCUUUUUGUCGACCUUCGACUCGGUCCUGGAGAGGAAAAGUCAUAUUCGUUUUCAUUUACAUUGCCUAGAGGUUUGCCAGCUAGUCACAAAGGGAAGGCUAUAAAGAUAUCUUACAACCUUGUGAUUGGUACUCAGCGUCCAAGUGGUCCUAAGGAAUCCCAACAAGUCAAUCGCAUCAACGUACCUUUUCGAGUUUUUAGUGGAGUUAAUGAUCAAGGAGAUGUUCUCGGUCACGACCUUAUGCAGCCAUACGUCCUAUUACGUGAUGAAGCACGUGUACAGAAAGUCAGCAGCAUACCACGUCCACCUCAAAAGGACAAAAGUAUCAGCGGACCAACUUGGGCUACCGCUCCUGAAUUCUUGUCUUACGUGGAUGAGAUUUUGAAGAAGCACGAAUCGCAACAUCUUCGCACGCCGGGACCACCAUUGACGACGCCUCUCGAAAGGAGACGUUCAAGCUCGGGACUGGGGCCGCUUCUGUCUUGUAAAGAGGCCAUUGAAUUUGCCAUUCUUCGCAGUAACCAGGUCACCAGUUCCAACCGCAGCGCGAAUCGCUUUGACAUUGCUCGGAAUGGACGGCGCAUUGCUGUCGUUGUCCUGAACCGUCCAUCUCAUCGAUUAGGCGAAACAAUUCUUGCCACGAUUGAUUUCACAGAUGCAACUCUGCCAUGCUUUUCUUUAAGGGCGACUCUAGAGACCUCGGAGAAGGUUGAUCCAUCACUAGCAUUACGAUCCAAUACGAGCAUCCAUCGGGCCACACGACGUAUAUACGCCUCCUUUUUCGAAAACACACUAUUCUCCACACGAGUAGUCUUUAGUCCCGCAAUCCCGAUUUCGGCAACGCCUACAUUAUUAACGACUGGUAUAAAGCUAGACUGGGAUCUCCGCUUCGAGUUUGUCACGACACAUUCAAAGCAUGAUUCAGACGGGAGUCUGUCCGGCAGCGGACUCUUGGAAUUGCUGGGUCAAGACGAGAGAGGCUCUGUCUAUUCUGCGUUGGAGAAUUUGCCCAGCGAGUCUUUUGAGAUUGCUAUUCCGUUGACUGUUUAUGGGGAGACGGUUCGGGAACCGUUGGCUGAGGAGAGUGAGGGGUACUCCAUUUAG